ACCUUAACGUUAACAGAACAAUGUGGGCGUGUUCUCAUCCCCUUUUUAACUUUGCACCGCCUGUCCCCCUGAGCUGUGCGCACUUCGCGGAGCAGCCACUUACUGCAGAGUGGAUGCAGAGUUCACCUCCGGCUUUGCCCGUGGUCCCCCGGCCACAGCUCUGGCUCCGGCUCUGAUAUCAAGAUAGAGGAUGGAUUUCUAUCACUUCACUUUCCUCUGCGGGGCUUUCUUGUUAGUUUGCGAAAUCCCCUGUUUUCAGACUCUUGCUAUUUUACCCCCAGCUGCCCCGAAGAGCAGCAAGGUGGCAAGGAUUUUUGAUGGACAAGAAGCCUCUAAAUAUUUCAAGGAGUUUAAGUCGCCACCAUCCAUCGACAGAAACAAUAAAGCAACAUCUAAAGACUUGAUUGAGCCUCAUGACUACAUGCUGUCUAUUUACAAGACCUUCUCCACGGCAGAGAGACUGGGACUCAACGCCAGUUUUUUUCGGUCUUCAAAAGCUGCAAACACUAUUGCAAGCUUUGUGGACUAUGGACAAGAUGACCUCCCACUCUCCCCUCUGAGGAGACAGCAGUAUCUGUUCGAUGUCUCAACCCUUUCCAAAAAAGCAGAGGUGCUGGGAGCUGAGCUAAGGAUAUACACCAAAGUGUCUGGGAAUUUCAGGAUAUCGGAAACAGAGCCCGUCGACAUCCAGCUCCUCUCCUGCCACGACCAGCAGCUGCUCGACUCCAAAACGCUGGAUUUGCAAGAUUCCCAAAGACUGAAGUGGGAGGUACUGGACGUGUGGGAUAUAUUCAAAGAGCGGCAGCACCUGAGCCAGGGGAAGCACUUCUGCCUGGAGCUCAGGGCCAUGCUGGACAACCCAGAGAGGGAGCUGGACCUGCAACUUCUAGGUUUGCACAGGCAUGGCAGGCCUCAACAGAAGAAAGCCAUCUUAGUGGUCUUCACAAGGUCUAAGAAGAGGCAGACCCUCUUCAGUGAGAGGAGAGAGGGUAGACCAUUGCUGGGUUUAGACAGGAGGGCCAAAGAAAGGGGCCCUGGUAUCAAAGCCAGCAGGAGAAGGAGGACAGCUGCAUCCAAAACCCGCCAUGGGAAGAGGCACGGCAAGAAGUCUAAAUCCAGGUGCAGCAAGAAGCCGCUGCACGUCAACUUCAGAGAUCUGGGCUGGGACGACUGGAUCAUCGCCCCACUGGAUUAUGAAGCAUACCACUGCGAGGGGGUGUGUGACUUCCCCCUGCGCUCUCACCUGGAGCCCACUAACCAUGCCAUCAUCCAGACUCUGAUGAAUUCAAUGAACCCCAGCAACAUGCCACCCAGCUGCUGCGCCCCGUCCAAACUCAGCCCCAUCAGCAUCCUCUACAUCGACUCAGGAAACAAUGUGGUCUACAAACAGUAUGAGGACAUGGUGGUUGAGUCUUGUGGUUGUAGGUAGUAGGUCUGGCAGGUGUAGUGAUUUACUUUGACCUCCUCCUUGUUUGUCAGACUUUCGGUUAGUGUGAAAUUGAGCAGCAUUACAGUUUAUGUGGUGGGGAGGCUAGAAAUGAAUUAAGGAAAUCUUGCUUGAUUUGUUUGGCAAGAUGGAGACCCAACAAGGUCAUGCUUAAUACCUCAAACAUUUGUUUUAUUGUUUUUUUCUGUAUGUUCCUGUCUUGACAACACUGGCCACUUCAACACCACAGUGACUGCAUAUUCAUGAAAAUAUAAGAUAAACAUCCAACUUCUAACUAUCUCUAUCUAUGUCACCAAAUCAAGGUUUAAAAGAAGAGUUAAACUUGCAGAGUUAGAUGAGACUCACCUGUCCGUACGGUUAAUAUGAAGUUGCUUCCAGCAGCUGGUUAGCUUAGCUUAGCAUUAAGGCUGUGAAGGGGGAAACAGCUAGCCUGGCUCUUUCCAAAUGUCACAGUCCUACGCAAAACCAAAAUCUGUCAAUUUUAUGCUUUGCUUUUUGUCCGCAUCAAAUAAAGAAGAUAUAAUGUAUUAAUUACUAAGCUUUACAGGUGCCGGUAGGCGUAUUUUUAUACUGUCAAACAAAGUUAGGCUACCUGUUUCCCAGUUUCCUUUAUGCUAAACUAAGAAACAGCCUCAGGACGGUAGCUGAUCUUCUCAUCUAACUCUCGGAAAGAAAUUGAACAAUUUCCAAAAAUGAAUGAAUUAAAUUUGAACUGUUACUAUUCUUUUAAAAGAGACACAUUAAAUAUCCCCAUUUAAGGAAAAUGUAUCUGCGCUCAUUAAAUUACUGCAAGGCAAAAAAUAAAAGAAUUGGUGCCA